UCCAACAGUGUGGAUGCUUUAUCAGUUUGAUUGGAGCCUUUUUUUUCGAUUCCAUCGAAGUUUAAUAAACGCAAAGUGAUGGAGCAAUUUCCGGAUAACGUUUUUUGUCAAUGUUUCUGUUUAAAUUAAACAUUUUUUGUUUGUUCUGAUGAAGUAAAAAAAGUGAAAAUAUUCAACACGCACAACAACGACAACAAAUCAGUGGUGUCAAUUGAUCGAAUUUCGUGUUAUGUAAAAAAUGCAUUUUCUAGUGAAAUGAUUUUGAGUAUAAAAUGUUACUGGAAUUCCCGAAAGCAAUCCAUAUAAUUUGUGGAUACACACAUUGACAACUGAAUAAAUGAUGAAUUCAAGUGUGAGCGUACAAAGAAUCUCUUUGAAAGAGAAAAAAAAAUCAAAGCGAAACCUAAAUUUACAGUUCUUGCCAACGAAAAUAUCAAGAAAUGAAACAAUUUUUUUUUUGUUCAAAUAUAUGCUUUUUGCAACAAUUCAUUUAUUUUGACUUUUUUUCUUCAAAUGUGGUGUAUCGUUUAGUGUUGUUUGUAAUUGAAUGUGUGUGUGUGUGUCUGUGCUUACGCUAAUUUUGACGCAAUCAACAUACAAGUGCAGAAUCUUGCUAGAUUUCGGUGCAACAAAUGGAAAAUUUCAUAAUAAUGUCGACGAAAAGAACUUGUGCGAGCGACGCUAAGAAAUAAUGGAAACAGAUCGUAAAAUUCAUAUAAAAUCAAUUUUAUCGUGGAAUUCUCCGAAGCGGAGCGACAUAAACGAAGGGAAACAGAAAAAUUAGCGCCCAUAACGUGGUCGCUGUGAAUAAAAAAAAAACAACAUUUCAUUAAAAAUGAUGCACGGAAUGAACAGCAACAUGUUUCAAGGCAUCGAACAAACCGACGACAGCUUAUACUCCAGCAAGGAAAAUGAUGAGUCAGACGUUGAACCGGGUGAGAAUUCACAGUUGGAUGACUUGUAUACAAGAUAUCGGCAGCGUUUGCGGAAAUCCUUAUUUGAGUCGGGAUUAACAACGGCCUUUGUUGCUUGUAUUAUCUGUUUAUGCGUUCUAUUCUCCUAUCAGUUGGUGUUCGAUAUACUGCUGACGUUGCUCACUAUUAUCAUAAUAUGCGGUGUGUUAAUAGCACUUCAAUUUCCGAUUGUGAUGUCGUCUCCAAUAACGGCGCUUGGUUUUGCCGUUCUGAUUACGGUGAGCCUGGGCUCUGUAUCGGCAAAAGUCGGCACAACACUUGCUCCAUUACCGAUUUUCUCACUAAUUCUGGGGGUGCACACAAUGCUACCAGUAUCAUGGCCUGUUUCAGUGGUUUUAGCUGCUAUCCUAUCGAUAAUCCAUUUUGGUUUCCGAAUCGUGUUGAACAGCGAUAAUUUUCCCGAAUUAUUCAUUCAAACGUUGAUAGUUGAGGUGCUAUUUCUGGGUACGGCCAGUGUAUCUGGCUUGUACUAUCGCAUUAUGUCUGAUGCAGCGCACAAUCGAACUGUUGAUGGCACACGAACUGGCAUCCAACAACGAGUCAAACUGGAAUGCGAACGUGAACAGCAAGAGCAGCUAUUACUGAGUGUCAUACCAGCGUACAUCGCAGCUGAGGUGAAACGUAGUAUUAUGUUGAAAAUGGCGGAUGCAUGUCAGCGAGCAGGUGGCCAACAAACGCGUUUUCACGAAAUGCACGUACAACGUCACAACAACGUUACAAUAUUAUAUGCAGAUAUCGUGAAUUUUACACCAUUAUCAGAGCAACUUACUGCCAGCGAUUUAGUAAAAACGCUCAACGAACUUUUCGGCCGUUUCGAUCAAAUUGCACAGGAAAAUCAAUGCUUGCGCAUCAAAAUUCUUGGUGAUUGUUACUAUUGUGUGAGUGGUUUGCCAAUAUCUCGGCCCCAGCAUGCUGCAAACUGCGUUAACAUGGGCCUUCAAAUGAUUGAAGCAAUAAGAUGUGUACGUGAAGCGACCGGAUUUAAUGUUGAUAUGCGGAUUGGUAUUCAUACAGGAAACGUGCUGUGUGGUGUCCUCGGCUUACGCAAAUGGCAAUUUGAUGUGUGGUCAGAUGAUGUAACAUUGGCUAACCAUAUGGAAUCUGGUGGUGUUGCAGGACGUGUCCACAUAACGAAAGCGACACUCGAUUAUCUUGGUGAUAAAUUCGACGUCGAACCGGGUGGCGGAGCAUCGCGUGAAUCAUACCUGGCAGAUCAUAAAGUGGAAACAUUUCUCAUUGUGCCACCAAAGAAAACAACAACAUUCGAUAUUCCAACUCCGAAUCCAACGAAACCAGAUAAUCUAGCGGUAAAUAAAAUUUGUAUCUCAGAGCCGGAUGAUUCAAAUCCACGAACACCACUUACACCCGAAACGAUGGACCGUACACCAGUCGACGAAAAGAUGAACAAAAACCAAUUGACACCGACAAUUACCGAAGAGACUGAACAGGAUGAUCAAUCAGUAAGCUGUAAAUCAUCACUUUCGCUCCCAGUUGAACCACCUGUUGGACCAGUGGAGCGUGAUAGACGUAAAUUAUCUGUUCAAGGCUUAAUGGCAUUUGCCGAACGACGUCGAUCGUCAAGCACAUUUGCUGAUAUGCGAAAAAUGUCCGUUUCCAAUGGGGACAGCAUACACAUUCGAUCGCCAGCAACGCCGGGCGGACCACCAAUUCGCAAUAGACCGUCGUCAAAAAUGACAAAGUAUGUAGAGUGUUGGGGAGCUGAUAAACCGUUUGCCAAUAUUACUGAUUCCAAAAUGGCAAAGAAUAUCGGAUUGGCUAGCAUUGCAAUGAUUGAGUCAAAUCUAUUACCACCGGAGCGACGUUGCUCGGAUUUCAACUGCUUUGGUCCACCGUCUGAGCUGCAACCAGUCACAAUGUGGUAUCGGAACAGUGACCGCGAAGCGAUGUUCCGUGAGCAACCGGACCCACAUUUUCGUUACGAUUUAGUUUGUGUGUUUGUUAUGUUCUUAUCAUUAGGAUUGCUUCAGUUAAUCGUUAUUCAAGGGAAUAUCAGCAUGUUUGGAUCGAUUGGAGCUACUGCACUGACAUUGGGUUUAUUUUUAUAUUUAAGUCAUUUGCAAACAUCCGAAUCAUCUCAGCUUGGUCGCAGUGCACCCGGUCAAGUCAUAGCUAAUAGUCGUCUCAUUCGAUUGGCCAUAUUUUUAAUAUCGAAUACGCUUAUUGCAACUUGUGCGGUUUUUAGUGUGAUAAAUUUCGAAGAGAUUAUAAUAAUGCCAUCAUUCAAUGCAAGCAGUUUAAAUGUGACAGACAUUAAUAUAACCGAAUCAUUUAACAUAACGGAGAUUGACAUUCAAUAUACUCAAUCGGUGGAAACGGCUCCAAUGUAUUUGUUCUGCUGUGCAUUGAGUUUGGCGGCCAUUUCAGCAUUUUUACGUGCUGGUUUUGUGCUAAAAUUUAUAGCAAUGCUUUGCUGCAUCGCUGUCCAAGGUUGUAUUUUAAAAUUUAGCAAAUUGUAUGCUUUUUAUGACCACGACCGAAACAGCAGUCAUUUUGGGUUGACAACGACGGGCGUAUUUUUUCUCAUGCUAAUCGCCAUCGUUUUACAUAUUUUGGAUCGGCAGGGUGAUUUUGUGGCUCGCACCGAUUUCCUAUGGAAAGCCAAACUGAAAACAGAACAAGAAGAAGUCGAAACAAUGAGAGGCAUAAAUAAGAUAUUACUGGAAAAUAUAUUACCAGCUCAUGUAGCCCAGCAUUUCUUGAGGAAAGAUCGUUUGAAUGACCUGUAUCAUGAGCGGUACUCGUGUGUUGCGGUGAUGUUUGCUUCAAUACCCAAUUACAAGGAAUUCUAUGAUGAAACCGAUGUUAAUAAACAAGGGUUGGAAUGUUUGCGGCUGCUUAAUGAAAUUAUUUGUGACUUUGAUAAGCUGCUGUUGAAACCGAAAUUCAGUGGAAUUGAGAAAAUUAAAACGAUUGGUAGCACCUACAUGACAGCGUCUGGAUUACGGCCCGGAAAAGAGGAAGGAGCAACGAUUAACAAUGAAGCGGAUGAACGCCGCACUGAAGAGCACAAUGUAACCGUCGUUGUGGAAUUUGCGCUCGCUUUGAUGUCCGUACUCGAUCAAAUCAAUCGUGAGAGUUUUCAACGCUUUCGAUUGCGCAUCGGUUUAAAUCAUGGUCCGGUGAUUGCUGGCGUUAUUGGCGCUCAAAAACCGCAAUACGAUAUUUGGAGUAAUACAGUGAACGUUGCAUCACGUAUGGAUUCGUGCGGUGUCAUGGGCCGAAUGCAGGCAACUGAAAUUACUGCAAAAGUCCUUAUGGCAGCUGGUUACAUUUGCGAAUCUCGCGGUCCAAUCUAUGUGAAGGGCAAAGGCACAUUAACCACAUAUUUUGUGAAAACACCAUUUGACGAUAAAUUAUAAACGGAGUAGUAUCCAUUUUGACUUUUUAACUCAUUUUAAUGUAAAAUUCAUAUAUUUCAACAUAUAAAAAAAGGGACUAUAUUUAAAAAAAUUUAAACAUGUCAAACAUAUUUGCUGACAAAUCAAAUGAUGCUUACAUCUAAAACUUGUGACAAUUCUAGUUUGAGUGAAAUAAAAUUAUUUAAAAUAUAUAUUUUGUACAUAAAUCCAUACAUUUGAUCAAUAUCAAGUAAAUUAUUUAUUGAAUGACAUUAGCAUAUUCCCGUUUUCAAUUAUUUUUCGAGUGAAUUACAUUUAAACUUUUAUUUAAGACAUAUUUUGAUUAUAAAUGCGGGUAGAAUCAAUUGAAUGAGCUCACAAAAUGGAUAAAACAUAAUAAAUGUGUAGAUUCAAACUCAGUCUAUCUGUUUAGCAUAGAAGUAUUUAUAUGGUUUUAAUUGUUUUAUUGAUAGAAAAGAAAGUCAUACAAAUUUCAUCACAUUCGAGCUAAAAAUAAAUCUUAUUGAGCAAAUAACUGUUCUACUCAUAGAUAAAUGUUUUAUUGAAAAUGCCAAAAACUAAGAAAUGAUCCAAUCAAUAAAAAUAAUUUAUGAAUGUAAA